AUCGUUAUGCACCGCAAGAUUUACCGACUUUUCGAGUGUCGUUGACUUGGGGAGGGUUUAGGGCUUUGAGAGCUGAAGCAACAGCUCCAUUGGUCUGAAAAGAAAAAGAUGUUACCUCGAUGGAGCAGAGCUUUAACGCAUCUCUCAAAGCUACGCUCACUCAACUCCAUAGAAGUGGGGAAGGAUUUUAGUAUGAUUCGUUGCCAAAGCUAUGCAGCUGUGGCGCCUGCUUCAGCUGAUUCCCUCAACAAAUCUUUCCCUGCCAAAUCGAGGGUAAAUUUGGAUAAAAUGUUUUGGUCUAAGCCUUGUUCAUUGGCCUUGGCCCCAGACUCUCCCCUCAGAGUGGAAGACCCAAAGUAUGAGGGCAUCAAGCGUAUGAUUCUCAAGAUGAUGCUGUUCUAUAGUAAACAAAGCAAGUCCAUUCGAGGGGCAAAUGUGAUAUAUAGGCGUAUCCUUUCUCAAGUUGAUAAACCUGCCAUAUAUGAAGUAUUUAAUUUGGAGAAGACCUUCAAAAUGACAUUUUCCCUGCUUGUCCUUCAUAUGUGGCUCUGCUUACGCCGCCUGAAAGCUGAAGGAAAAGACGGUGUUGAAUUAGGACAGUACGUUUAUGAGAUCUACAAUCAUGAUGUUGAGCUUCGAGUGUCUAAAGCUGGGGUUAACUUACUUUUGACGAAAUGGAUGAAAGAAUUGGAGAAGAUAUUCUAUGGAAAUAUCGUUGCUUAUGAUGCUGCCUUGCUUCCAGAGGCUACACAGGAGGAGCUAACAGACGUUAUAUGGAGGAAUGUCUUUUCUGAUGAUGGUACGUCCAAGCUAGAUGCUGCUGCAUUGCGUACAGUCCAGGCAAUGGCAAGGUAUGUUCGUCGUGAAGUCAGUUGCCUCUCAUUAACCGAUAAAGAAGCCAUGUUUUCUGGGAACUUUAUGUUCACCUCAUUGGAGAAUAGCUCACCUGAUUCAUUGAAAAGGUAGAAAGAGGGAAGAAGCUGAAGUGAGGAUUCAAGUUUCCAAGAGUUGCUUUUAUCUUAGGCAAAAGUGAGGAAAAGAGAGGGAAAAAAAUUAGAAGAAAGAAAUAAUGGUGGCUCAUGCUAAUCUAUGCUUGUAAAUGGCUUGCUAUCACAAUUAAAGUAACUAUUUUGCCAGCUUUUAUUUAUUUCAUAUUGGAAGAAGUUGAUGGAGCAAGAAAUUGAUGUAUUCAUUUGUAGCAUUGAUUGCAAAUUAUGCAACAAAGUAUGAUUGUAAUACAGUUUAUAUUUAAUACUAAUUAUUUUUUCUAUGCCAAAUUGUAGCAGAUAUUUGUCUGUGGGUCAAAUAAAAAAAAUGGAAUUCUUGCUUUUUUGAUCUGAGAAGCUAGUACAACAUUGUAGCAGGUGACAAGAACUUCAAAGGUUAUCAUAUCUGGAGGAUGCUGAUAGGAGGGGAUGUGAGGGAUGCAAAGGAAGAAAAGUCUUGUUAGCAAUUGUGAUGAAACAGAAACGCCGAAUCAUCUUGCCACUUGAGUUGGCUCCUUUUGUUAGCUUUCUCUUAUCAGUAAUGGUAAUGGAAACGAUAAAAAAAAAAAAAACCCAACUUAAGAAGUUCCUCUUAUGCUUAAAAAUGGCUUAUUCACCUGCAGGUAUGACCUUGCCCUCCCUAGAUAAUUCCUGCAUUUUAUUGGCAACUGCCUUAACACAUCUUGCUUUAUCAAUGGAAGUGCUUAAAGUAUUCAUUGUUGGCUACUGAUCAGAAUCUAUAUCCUUGUUAGAUAACAUGGAGUGAAAGAUGCUUUUCUCAAGUUAUUGUAGCUUGCUUUGUCAAUGAUCUUGGUUGCUG